AUGGGGCAUAAUUAUUAUGGGGAGCCCGCAUGGCCUAAUGAUCUUUUAUAUAUUUUUCCUGUAGUGAUUUUAGGUACUAUUGCGUGUAACGUAGGAUUAGCGGUUUUAGAACCAUCAAUGAUUGGUGAGCCGGCGGAUCCGUUUGCAACUCCUUUGGAAAUAUUACCUGAAUGGUAUUUCUUUCCUGUAUUUCAAAUACUUCGUACAGUACCAAAUAAGUUAUUAGGCGUUCUUUUAAUGGUUUCAGUACCUGCGGGAUUACUAACAGUUCCUUUUUUAGAGAAUGUGAAUAAAUUCCAAAACCCAUUUCGUCGUCCAGUAGCUACAACUGUUUUUUUGGUUGGUACUGUAGUAGCCCUUUGGUUAGGUAUUGGAGCAACAUUACCCAUUGAUAAAUCCCUAACUUUAGGUCUUUUUUAA